AAAAUCGUUAAAAAAGAAAACAAAAACAUUGAUUGUUGUUGCCAUGGACACAGUUUCUGUUCUGUAUUAGAGAAUGUAGGUUUACUAGCAACGAACGAGGGGAAGAACAAAGACGAAGGAUGAGUUUCAACAUGACACCCCUCUCCUGUGGGUGAAGUGAUUCCCAUAUCGACUGUUAGAUCCAGUUACUUCUCCAGUGGCUCACCACAGCCGCCCCAGCUCCGUUUAGACCAGAUUUAAACGCCUUCAGUUAAACAUGCCGGUGAGCACACGGAGAAAAGCGGCUCUGCCUCCGACUAAAACAGUCACUGUGUACAGAAACGGAGAUGCUUUCUUUCCCGGGAGAACCAUAGUGCUGAAUCCCCGACAGGUGUCCACUUUCGAUAACCUUCUGAGCACCUUAACCAAACGCCUGGAGGCUCCGUUCGGCGCGGUCAGGAGGCUGUACACGCCCACGCAGGGCGACAGGGUGCAGAGCCUGGACCAGCUGAAGCAUGGGAGCGCGUAUGUUGCAGCGGGGAAUGAGCCGUUCAAGCUGCUGGAUUAUUCUGGGAUAGUCACCAUGAAGCCACAGAAAAGGAGACAUAAACUGAUCCAACCUGUAGUGCGCACCAGAAUAGUUGCUUCAGCUCGCUGGAAGAAAAUUACAGAUGGAACCUGCACAAUAAAUGUCUUUACCAAUGGAGAGCUACUGGUUCCUCCAGCUCGGGUCCGGAUCCCAAAGCACACUCUUAAAAGCUGGGAAAGUGUUUUAUCAAUGGUGACACAGAAAGUGGACCUCCGCACCGGGGCUGUUUUCAAGCUUUGCAGGUUAGACGGGCAGCCUGUCUGUGGACCUGCUGACCUGGAGAACAACCUCCAUUAUGUUGCAGUUGGGGCUGAAAAGUUCAAACAUCUCCCGUACGAACAGUGGGUUCCCUGCAAGAAUUUAGUCAAGAAAAAUGUGGCAACUCAAGGCCAAGCUCUCCUGCCUGCUGCUAGAAUCAAAAGACCCGAAAAUAAUACGGUAUGCGUUAGAGAGGACCUUGAGCUCACAGCCGGGGGCCAGAUCAAGGAACAUGCAGCCAAGACGAAGCGUGUCGAAAAGCAGAGGCAGGUGUCCAGAAACCCAGCACUCUUCACAGGAGGAGCCAACAGCAUAUUUACUGCAAAAAACCAAAGACAUGAGAUGCAGGGAGCGAUGGAGGUGCACGAAGACCCCUAUCUGAAGGUGGACCUGCCGAUUGAUCAGGUUGAAGCCAAGAUAGUUGAAGAAGAGCAUGAAGACACCAUCUGUUCUGCAAACAGGAAGGGCUUCCUUAAGGAUUCAGACGUGACGUGUCUGCAGAACAUUGCUGCAGGCUCCAGGAAAGAUGAGGGGCAGGAAGAGAGGGAGGCGUCUCACGGACUCGGCAGAAUACGGUCACGUAUGUCCCACUUUUUCAAGGGAUUAAUGAAAUUUUGACGUUUUUUGUUUCGGUCAACGCAUCCUUGAGUUUAAAAGAUCGCGGUAUGGAGCUCAGGCUCCCCGAGGCCUGCGGGAAUCACAACUGAAGCACUGGGCCGCACAUCAAACCUCAGCUGAGGAUUACAGCAGCAGAAACAAACAAACAAGGCUGUGUGCGAGUCCAAGCGACAGAUACAGGCUGGUAAUGAAGCCACUGAUGGCACACCCUUAUGCACAGGCACACACACUUUAAGAUCUACAACGUUCCACCAUUCCCAUCCUGUAGAAGCUUGGACACAUUUUAGACCAUAUUGAAGAUAUAAUGGAACAAAUAGAAAUGAUGUUCUGUGUGUAUGUGACUGAUAGAUGUGAUGCUGUCUUUCGGGAGUAUCCUUGUUGAUAGCUAUCGCCAGAGAAAGCGGGUUGAGACAGUUGGGACUUCUGGGUAUUCAAGUUAGAGUGUUGAC